AUGGAUAGCGAUGAGUAUAAAAAAGAAGUUGAAGCAAAUGUAAAGGCAGAAAAACUUUUACAGUUGCAAAACCAAACCGUACAGUAUGAAAACUUAGCACAAGAAAGUAAAAAUAACGACGCAGCCAUGCAAAAGGCAAUGAAAAGCGCAGAAUAUAUAAAAGCUAACAAUGACUGGUUAGAUGCCCAAGCCAACGCUAAAGCAGCCCAGCUUAUAGGGUCAAUAAGGACAAAAAUACAAGCGGAUGAAGACAGUUCAAAUGAAGCUUUAACAAAUGCUGACUUUAAGAACGCCUUCGAAGCUCUUCAUAGUAAGGUGAAACAAGUGAACGAUUUCUCAUCUGGAAAGAAACUGAAGUCUGAAGGUUUCGACAAAGAGUUAAGAGAAGUAGCACAAAAUCUGACGAAAAUAACAGAUGCAACAACGAGACAGGCAGUUCAAAGUGCCUAUGACGCCGUUAGAGCAACUGUUGUGGAAAGUCAAGAAAAAGAGUUACAACAGACCAAAACAGACCUAGUAAAUGCUUUCUUAAAAACGAAAAGUCAGGUAGGACACUAUGCUGCAGAUGGAACAUAUGUGCCAGCUGGUGGAACUUAUAUACCAGCUGGUGGAACUUAUAUACUAGCUAGUGGAACUUAUAUACCACCAAACCCUCCAAGAGAAGCACCUGCACCAGGACUACCUAGAACAUUUACAUCGUCACAUGGACACAGACACAGGCAUGCACCAAAACCAACACAACAACCAACACAACAACCAACACAACAACAACCACAACCAACAGUUCAAAACCCUGCACCAAAACCAACACAACAACCAACAGUUCAAAACCCUGCACCAAAACCAACAGUUCAAAACACUGCACCAAAACCAACAGUUCAAAACACUGCACCACAACAACAACCAGCACAACAACCACCUCCACAACCAGCACCACAACCAACAGUUCAAAACACUGCACAGCAACAACCACAAACAGAGCAAGGACAUAAAAGAAGUAGAGAACAAGGAAACCAAGAUUUCUUAAAAAUGCUUAAGGAAAAUUAUGGUUACCCAGAUACUCUUGACUUUAGUGACAGAUAUAAAGAAGCUAUUAGAAAGUUCAAGGAAGGAAAUAUUGACCCGAACCUAUUUAGCUUUAUGGUUCAGCACCAAAUGGGAUAUAAUUUCAAACCUGGAAAAUACAAGCUCGCUAAGGAAUAUGAUUUAAUAGCAUAUCAUCCAAAUGACAUGACUGAAUUUACUCCGAGAUAUUUGGUGUCAGAGCUAAAUGACAAUUCAACUCUCUUCAUGAAACGCGUAAAAAAUAAAGACGGAACGAAAGAAGAAAGGUUUAUGAGUCCGGAUGACUUAGAUAG